AUGCAUUCCACAACCACCUACGUUGCCGCCGACUUCCCUUCGCUCAAUCUGGAGGACCUAGACUCUGUAUCCGAGAUUGGUGCAGUCGCUGCCGGUCGCCACUCCAUGGCCAACGCUUCCAACGGCACC